AAGCUACAACCUCAAGUGUCUGAGCCUCCCCCGCGCAGGGCGCGCCCCGCACGCUUAUCCUGCCCCGGAGCAGCGCAGGGACCCAGCCCUCGUUCCACAGCCGCUGCGAGAUGCUGCGCUCCACGUCCACUGUCACCCUGCUCUCAGGUGGCAGCGCUAAGUCGCCUGGGACGCCCAGUAGGCGGGCAAAUGUCUGCAGACUACGGCUGACCGUGCCUCCCGAGAGUCCAGUGCCCCAGCAAACAGAAAAGAAGAUUGAGAGGAAAGACCAGCCUCCAGAACUAAGCAAUGGAGAGUCCACCAGGAAGCUUCCUCAGGGUGUUGUCUAUGGUGUGGUGCGAAGAUCAGAUCCCAACCAGCAGAAGGAAAUGGUUGUGUAUGGCUGGUCCACCAAUCAGCUGAAAGAAGAGAUGAACUACAUCAAAGACGUGAGGGCCACUUUGGAGAAGGUGAGGAAGCGGAUGUAUGGAGACUAUGAUGAGAUGAGGCAGAAGAUUCGCCAGCUCACCCAGGACCUGUCGGUUUCCCAUGCUCAGCAGGACUACCUAGACAGUCACAUCCAAGCGCAGUCAUCAGCCCUGGAUAGCUUCAACGCCAUGAACUCAGCAUUGGCAGCAGACUCUGUUGGCCUGCAGAAAACCCUUGUGGAUGUGACUUUGGAAAAUAGCACCAUCAAGGAUCAAAUCAGACAUUUGCAGCAGACCUAUGAAGCAUCCAUGGACAAGCUUCGGGAGAAGCAGAGGCAGCUAGAGGCUGCUCAAAUGGAGAACCAGCUGCUGAAAAUGAAGGUGGAGUCGUCUCAGGAAGCCAACGCCGAGGUGAUGCGGGAGAUGACGAGGAAGCUGUACAGCCAGUAUGAGGAGAAGCUGCAGGAGGCGCAGCGCAAGCACAGUGCGGAGAAGGAGGCGCUCCUGGAAGAAACCAAUAGCUUUCUGAAAGCAAUCGAAGAGGCCAAUAAAAAGAUGGAGGCAGCUGAGCUCAGCCUGGAGGAGAAAGACCAGAGGAUCGGGGAGCUGGACAGGUUGAUUGAGCGAAUGGAGAAGGAACGGCAUCAACUCCAGCUCCAGCUCCUGGAACAUGAAACAGAAAUGUCGGGGGAGAUUGCAGAUUCUGACAAGGACAGGUACCAGCAGCUGGAAGAGGCAUCCGCCAGCCUCCGGGAGCGGAUCCGACACCUGGAUGACAUGGUGCAUUGCCAGCAGAAGAAGGUCAAGCAGAUGGUUGAGGAGAUCCUGUCGCACGAGCUCUUCUCCACAUUUAGUCUCCGACUUUUUGGAAGAUGAUAAGAUGCUAGCCUGCCCUGGGCAGACGCAGAGGUGGACACGUCUCCCUGGGUGUGAUUAGAAGAAGGCUUGUACACUCUGCGGGGAAGAGGUGGUGUUUAUCUGUGCUGAGCCCUGGAGCAAGCAGGAAAGAUGUGCGAUUCAAAGGAAACCUUGACCCUGUGGGGCCCUCAGUUGUGAAAACACUCUCAGACAGUAGCCUCGACACAUACAACCUCAAACUACAGACCAAAGAGACCUCAGAGAUCCUCGGGAUAUUUUUUUUUAGAAACUUGGGUUCCUAGACAUCAAAGCAAGAACUGCACUGGAAAGGACUAUUAAAAAUAACUCAGAAAGUGCCAGGUGGAAGAGCCACACAAGAUGCCCGCUAAGGAGAAGGGAAGAGAGGCGAAGCGUGCCGGCGCUGUGGGAAGGAGGCGCGCCUCACUGGAUCAUAUUCCUGAAAAUGCAGAUCCAGCCAAAUGUCCUGGCGGCUUGGUUACAUUUGUACAUGGUGGCCUUCGUAUUUGGAGGUGGCCCUCUGGUGUCCUUCCUGAAUUACUGUCUCCAGUCAUUGUCAGUGAAUGUCUCUCUCUUCUUGAAGGAAAGUUCGCUUUGGCUCUAGCCUUCUGGGCAUCUUGCCUGAAUAGACAUGGUUCAACCAACUUCAGGAAAAGCAGGAAUAUGCCCAAUGAAAAGAGAAAUAUGCCUAGCCUAAGUGAGAUGAGUGAAGCAUGCUUUGUGUUGUUAUUUCAUCCAAACAUAGCAAGGGUUUCUGGGAGCCAGCAGGUGGUAUGGCGGCAGUUUUAGUUAAGGGUGGUGUUAACCUGCCCAAGCCAGUAGAGUGUGCUGGUGGAGUGAGCAUCCCUGAGCAUCCCUGUGACCUUGGCAUGUCUACCAGUUUGUUAGAGGAAAGUGUGUUGGGGGCAUGCUGUCUUGUCAGAGUUUGGCCUUGUUCGUUCAUAUCGGUGGUCUUGUCAACCCUAGGUUAGGCUGGCGUGGAAGGGAAGGAAACAGACAAGACAAUUAAUUCCACACCUCAAAAGAGCUCUUGGUGAUGUGAGCCUGGGUGUGGGGUCCCGUUUAAAGCUGGACCCCCGCAUACUCGGUAGAGGUUUGUGGAAAGCUGGAGUCAGAGUCAAAAGACACUCAUCUCUCAUGACCAUAGGUAGUCACUCACCUGCCCUAUUCCUAGAGACUCAAUCUCUGGCAUUUCUUCUGGAACAAGUCAUUACCCAGGUUCAGGAAGUGAAAUCACAGGACCUGAGGGAGUGGCCUUGGAUCUCAGAGAAGGUGUAUCCUGGGUGAAUCUCUCUUCCGGUGCGCUGUGGUAUGCUUUUGUCUGUCUGGAGUUUCUCCUCUCUUGGGCUAUAGUCAGUCCCUUGAAGCCUUGUUCUGUGGAGCAGAUGGUGAGGGGCCCAGAGUGUGAACCACCUUCCCCGUGUGUCCUCAAUGCUGCUCCCGCCUCCUGUCCUGGCCCUGGUUAUAGGCUAACUGGUGAGCUUCUUCGCUCUGGGCCCUUUGCUUCAGCUUACAAUCCUGUGUCUUAGUUCUGUCUUCCUCUCUGGAUUGACAUGGUGUCAGCGUGACUUAAAUUGCUUCCAAACCUGACUUACGUUCAAAUCCUUAGUCACCCCAUAUCCCCCAGCUCUUAUUUGGACCCUUUGCCUGGACUCCUAAGGCUGUAUCUUGUCUCCUGGCCACUCUCUACCCCACCCAAAGGAGGUGCUGGUCAACUUGAGGCAGGAUUUAUUUAUAGCCAGUGAAAAUGUUAUUGUUAUAAAUUCUAGUGGUUACCAUAGUAUAUGUAGUCACUUAUUUUAGUUAAAAUCUUAAAACUUUGUCCAUGAAGUUUUUAGAGGUAUCACAAAGAACACAGUUGGGUCAACCUUUCUUCCCUAUGUAUUCUAGAAAAAAAGGAUCAUGAGAGCAUAGGCAGGUCAUAGUGUAUUUAGUGCAUAAUCUUUGUCAGCCUGGUGAACACUCACUAUGGAUUGGAAGGCAAUAUGGCGUCCUCAGCUGGCUGGCCGCACUUCUCCUUUGUGAACUAAUGCUCAUGUCCUUCACUGAGUUUUUAAAUCGAUUCCUUUAUGUUCCCUCCUGAUAAUUUGUAUGAACUCUUUGUGUGGCUGGCACGGAUCAUUUAUUGAAAAAUACGUGUGAUGUUCUCAUCUGCCAGUCAGUGGUAUUUGUUUGUGGCAUCUCUUAUACAAAUAUUGAGUUUUCCUGGGGUUAUAGUUAUCAUUGUUUCCACUGUGUUGUAUGUCUUGUUUGCCAUUUUCUGUAACGGUAUUAAAGUUUUGUUCGUCAUCUUUAUCUUUUAUUGACCCCCACGUGUCUGUCCCCGCCCCCUUCUUUCCUCUGGUAUUAUCUACAGCCCUUCCACUGGAUUUGAUGUCUUUUGCCCUCACUUCUCUUGUUGUAUUGCUGGUUUGUUUUUGUCUUCUCCCCCUCAUAGAAUGGAAGCUCUGUGAGGGCAGGGACUUUGGCCUGUUCCAUUCAUGACUGUAUUACUAAUACCUAGAGUGGUCACUGGUAUCCAGUAGGUGCUCAAUAAAUAUUAUUUUUGGACAAAUAAAGAUUAAGCCAUCUGGA